AUGUUGCAGUCGUCAAAAGCCAAACUCUCAGUUAUUUACCCACCAAAAAAGACAUACCCUAAAUGUACCUCCCUUAAUCCAACUAAUCAGGUGUAUUAUCCUGGUGACGUCAUCACCACGGCGUGUCAAUCUGGGAAAAGUAAUGCCCCUAUCGACUUGACGUGGAGAAAAGGAGAUGUGAUUAGGAAUGGAACACGUGUUAAUGAUAAUGUUCCUGAAAUACGCGACACAUGGAUAUUGUCAUCCCAUGAUAAUGACAUCAACAUUACGUGUGUUAUGACCGGCCCCGCUGUGUUAAUUGAAAGACAAUGCACAGUUGGACCGAUACAAGUUGAAGAAAUCCCUGAGAAAGAAGAAACAACGAUGAACGAUGUCGAACCUUCUACUGUCAUUGAUACAACGACGUCAAUCACCGUGACGGUUACUAAACCAAUGCCCGUCUCCAUAACUGCCAGUCUGACCGCCCCUUAUAAAACAACAAUCGACGAUAUAAAACCAACUACUACCCGUGAUACAACGACACUGAUAACCGCGAGGGUGACUAAACCAACGUUAAUCUCGAAAACUGCCUCUCUGACCAUCCCUUAUAAAACAACAAUCGACAAACUAAAACCAACUACUGCACUUGAUUCAACGACACGAAUCAUUGCGAAGGUGACUAAACCAACGUCCAUCUCCAAAACGUUCUCUUUGACCACUCGAUCUCCUUAUAAAACAACAAUCGACAAAAUAAAAUCAACUACUGCACUUGAUUCAACGACACGAAUCAUUGCGAAGGUGACUAAACCAACGUCCAUCUCCAAAACGUUCUCUUCGACCACUCGAUCUCCUUACAAAACAACAAUCGACAAAAUAAAACCAACUACUGCACUUGAUUCAACGACACGAAUCAUUGCGAAGGUGACUAAACCAACGUCCAUCUCCAAAACGUUCUCUUCGACCACUCGAUCUCCUUACAAAACAACAAUCGACAAAAUAAAAUCAACUACUGCACUUGAUUCAACGACACGAAUCAUUGCAAAGGUGACUAAACCAACGUCCAUCUCCAAAACGUUCUCUUCGACCACUCGAUCUCCUUACAAAACAACAAUCGACAAAAUAAAACCAACUACUGCACUUGAUUCAACGACACGAAUCAUUGCGAAGGUGACUAAACCAACGUCCAUCUCCAAAACGUUCUCUUCGACCACUCGAUCUCCUUACAAAACAACAAUCGAAAAAAUAAAACCAACUAAUGCCCGUGAUACAACGACACUGGUAACUGCAAAAUUGACUAAACCAAUGUUCGUCCCCGAAACUGCCUCUCUGACCGCCCCUUACAAAACAACAAUCGACAAAAUCAAACCACCUACUACACGUGAUGCAACGACAGCAAUCACCGCGAAGUUUACUAAACCGACGACCGUCUCCUUGGCCGCGUCUUACAAAAAGACCGACGACAUCGAAUCGACUACCUCACCUGAUACAACGGCACCGAUCACAGUGACGGUUAUCAAUGCAGCGACCAUCUUGAAAUUUGCCCACUAUGAAACAACCCUUCAUGCCACUGGCCAAUUCACUGACAAGAAUUUUGAAGCAUCGAAUACAACUGCUAGUGCAACUACCGUUUUUACGAAAGGGGUAUUUCUAACAACGCCUGGCAAUAACCAAAUUCUUUCUAUAUCGAUAUACGUUACGGGAGGAGCCAUUUUAACGAUAAUUGUUGUCUGUUCUGUCCUUAUUUGUUGGAGAAAUAAUAAAAACGCAAAACGUAAAAAGAAAGGCGAAAGCCGAACACACGACAUACAGGAGCUGACAGAAAGAGCCAACCGUCACGCCGAAAGGGACGCGGACAAAAAUGAACAUAGCACGGUGUUUGAACCAAGUAAACCGUCAUUCACAUCAUCGAGUGACCAUACAGUCGCUUUAGUCUCACCGCAUGAUGAUGGACAACCUGGUGGCUCGGUAAACGACGAUACUUGUACUAACGCGGGGCCUCUCACGACGUUCGCGAAAUCGGGGGAGCUAGUUUACGCCGAUCUCGAUUUUUCCCUCUUUAAGCCGGAACGUGAGGGAAACGUAAAGUCGUUUAAAUCAGACGACAAAGUCAUCUAUGCCGAUAUCAUGAGCUGUUAA